AUGAGACACAACUACAUUUAUGGGGACAGCAAACAUGAAGUGAACGUGUAUGUCAAGGUCUACUCCAACAGCCCAGUUCUGGUGUGUAUGGAUUUGGCUCUUUCUCAGAAAGAGCUGAUAGAUCCCAAGUACGUCUGGACUGGUCCAAAUGGAAAUAAGUUAGAAGAGAAAAAACAUGUGGAAGUUGAAGGAACAGGGAAGCUGGUUCUGAUAGACUUCAAGGAGUCAAUGUCUGGGGCCUACACUUGCACUCUUUUUCACAAAAUCUUGCCAACUAUAAGACAAGAAGAAAGAGAAAAGGCUGAGAGAUACAGAUUUAUGGUAUAUGCCUACAGGGAAGCUGACCACACCUACCAGGGCUUUGCUCACUUCAUGACCAAGACCUGUGAGCUGGAAGCCAACGAGGAGUUCUUUGAGAAGCUGAAGAAAAUGUUAAACGACCUGAUCUCUGACUUGACCUGUCACCUCUCACAGUCAUCCUACAGAUGCCACCACAUCAGGACACCAGAACGAGGUUUCCAUCACGAGCUCUUUGUCAGCUUCCAAGUCAACCCUUUUGCACCAGGAUGGGAAGAAGUUUGCCACCAGGGCCCCUCUGAUUGUCAAGAUGUGACAAACAUGAGAGUUCACAAGGCAAGAGAUCGAAUUCAAGAGGUUUUCAAGAAGAUGACAUCUGUUCUGGAGGAGUUUGAAUCUGUUCCUUCCAUUCACUACGUGGACAAGAGUUUCUCAGUGUUUCCCAUCGACAGCUGUCGACCAGGUUUUGGGAAGAACAACCUCACCCACAGGCUCUGUGCCAGCUGCUGUGUUGUUUGUGAGCCUGGAACUUAUAGUCCUAACAACGACGUGACCUGCCAGGUCUGUGCAAAGCCUGAAGUCAGGAAGUAUGGAGCAAGACACUGUUAA